GAGGAUCAAAUCAUUCAGGCCAACCCUGCUCUGGAGGCCUUUGGCAAUGCCAAGACCAUCAGGAAUGACAACUCCUCCAGAUUUGGUAAAUUUAUUAGAAUUCAUUUUGACAACAGAGGAAAACUGGCUUCUGCUGAUAUUGAAACAUAUCUGCUGGAAAAGUCCCGCGUCACCUACCAGCUCAAAGCUGAGAGGGAUUACCAUAUUUUCUAUCAGAUCCUGUCUCAAGUAAAGCCUGAGCUUCUGGAGAUGUUGCUCAUCACCAACAACCCCUACGAUUACGCCUUCAUCUCCCAAGGAGAGACAACAGUUGCUUCCAUCAAUGACUCUGAAGAGCUGAUGGCUACUGAUGAUGCCUUUGAUGUGCUGGGCUUCACUCAAGAAGAGAAGAACAGCAUCUACAAAAUGACCGGUGCCAUUAUGCACUUUGGAAACAUG